UACGCGUUGAACCUAGUCCCAAAGUGCUAUUACUUUCACCCACCCCACCAAGCUAACGGAACAUCCCGCAUUCCCGCUUUCCUAUUUUGAACUCAACCUACCUAGGUACUUACUAUUUUACCAAGUAGCUAGUCCCUACUAGUAUUUACCAGCUUCCUGGUUUAUCCAUAUCAACAUCAACCUCUAUCUCUCAGACAUAACUACCUAUCACUCUAGUAGGUACCUACCUAUCUAGUUAUUACUCAUAUAAACAUUUAAAUAACUACAUUCUGACAGAAAAAUGUCCUGCAAGCAUGCCGACGCAGCUGGUAAGUUUCUCCUCAAAACAGGAGUUCAACAUACUACCACACCAUCUACUAUUCGAAACUGACUUAUCCUGUUCUUCAGAGCUGCAUCCGCCAGGACCCAGCCAAGCUGUCUACCGCGAAGAUUGUACACAAUGCUUUGACUCCAUAGUAAGUAUUAUGUGCGAAAAGCAACUCCCUUUCAUCUUGCAAUACUCCUAGCAAACAGGAGCUCUGACUUCUUUUCUGUUCAGGAUGAUUCCACUGGCUUGGAUGUUUGCCUGUUCUGCUUCAACGGCGGUUGUACUGGUGAUAGGAACCACUCCCAACUCCAUAAGACCAUCAAAAACCAUCCUCUGGUUCUCAAUAUUCGAAGAACAAGACGUCAUGUGGUUCGAGAUGAACCCCCUCAAAAGAUGUCCAAAUUAGCCAUCGCAGCAGAAACCGAAGCCGAUCGAUACGAUUACCAUACAAAGGUUCGUUGUUAUGAAUGCGUGGUUGACGAUAUCGAUAAAUCCUCCGGUAGACUAUCUGCGGUGGUGGAUGGUGUAAUGAAAGCAAAUACAUUUUCAAGACAGGAGGAAGUAAAGGCCUGGGAGCAAGAGUUUACAUCUUGCGAACAUAUCCUUACCUUAAAACAAGAAAGCGCACGUCAAAUACAGUCUCAAGAUUUAGGCCACUGUUCUCUUUGCGAUCUGAAAGAGAACCUGUGGCUCUGCCUGCAAUGCGGUAAUCUGGGAUGCGGACGAGCGCAAUUUGGUGGACUUAAGGGUCAUUCUCAUGGUUUGGAGCAUAAAAAUCGAACCAGUCAUGCUGUCGCGGUUAAACUGGGAUCAAUCACUUCCGAUGGUACGGCAGAUGUGUACUGCUAUGCAUGCGACGAGGAACGAAUCGAUCAAGAUCUUGGUAAACAUCUUGCUCAUUGGGGAAUUAUGCUCGCUGAACGAAAGAAGACUGAAAAAAGUUUGAUGGAGAUGCAGGUUGAUGAAAACUUACGCUGGGAGUUUUCCAUGAUUGACGAACAAGGGCACGAAUUGACGAAGUUGUUCGGGGAAGGAUUUACAGGGUUGAAAAAUUUAGGCAACAGCUGCUACUUGGCAAGCACUCUCCAGUGCCUUUUCGAUUUACCUCAAUUCCAAAAGCGUUAUUAUUCUCCAAAUACAGAUCUACCUAUUGUUGAAGAUCCGGCACAAGACUUGGAGACGCAGUUGCGCAAGUUGGCAGACGGUCUAAUAUCUGGCAGAUAUUCCUUUCCAGAUCCCGCUACCAAUCAAUCAAAAUCAAGCGGUGUUGCAGAUCAGAAGGGGCUGGCACCUUCAAUGUUGAAAUAUUUAGCUGGCAGAGGUCAUUCCGAAUUCUCAACCAUGCGUCAGCAGGAUGCUUUUGAGUUUCUCCUCCAUGUUUUUAAACUAGUCACACGUUCUCAGCACACAGCUCCGCUUGAGGAUCCCACACGAGCCUUUCGCUUCGUCAUGGAGCAGCGCUUGCAAUGCUUAGGCUGCAAAAAGGUGAGAUAUCGCACGGACGAGCAAGAUAACGUAUCUAUCCCCGUGCCACUCAGAAAAUUGAAAUUAGCCGCUAGCACAGACGGCGAGCUGGUGGACGAGUAUGAAGCUGUUACCUUGAAGGAAUGUCUAGACAGUUUUACGUCUGAAGAGAUCGUGGAACUUACCUGUUCGGCAUGUGGUAGUAAGGAUGGAUUCUCCAAGCGAUCGCUCUUUAAAACAUUCCCAGAAGUUCUCGCUGUGAAUGCUAGAAGAUUUGUUCUCAUCAACUGGGUGCCUACGAAGGUCAACGUCCCUGUCGUCAUUGGAGAUGACAAGUUCCUCUUAGAUGAUUAUCAGUCACAUGGUUUGCAACUUACAGAAACGCUUCUUCCCGACACCGAUGAGACAAGUCAACCUUCAUUCUCUGCGAACGCCGAAGCUUUACAACAGCUCCAGGCCAUGGGAUUCCCAAUGAACCGUUGCGAAAAAGCCCUGCAUGCUACAGGGAACAGUGACGCAAACACCGCAAUGGAGUGGCUCUUCGCACACAUGGAUGAUGCAGACAUCGAUGCUCCAUUAAAUUUGAGCUCCGGCGAAGCCACAGUUAGUACAAUCGACCCUGAGAAAAUAGGAACGUUAGGCGCCAUGGGCUUUGGGCCUCCACAAGCGCGAAAGGCAUUGAGAGAAACCAAUGGUGACAUGGAACGGGCUGUAGAGUGGCUGUUCAGCCAUCCAGACGAUCAAGGCGAGUUCGAGGACGACACGGCUGUUGUCAACAGCAGUGUCACGAGAGACGUUCCUCCGGGAAGUGCUGCGUUGCCUGCUGCAUUCCAGCUUCAAUCCAUCAUAUGCCACAAAGGAUCUAGCAUACAUGCAGGGUAGGUUUUUUCAAUUACUGAUAACUAAAACAUGGCUGAUGAGUAUAUAGUCACUACGUUGCAUUUAUUCGUAAAAAGAUCCCCGAAGAUAAAGCAACGUCUUGGGUACUGUACAACGACGAGAAAGUGGUAAAGGCGAACGAUGUCGAAGAGAUGAAGAAAUUCGCGUAUGUUUAUUUUUUCAGAAGAAUCGAUUAAGCGAAACAGGCAGCAUGAGGUGACACAUGGCCGGUACGAUUCGUGAUUGUUGAUGAAGAAAUGAUGAUGUGCAUGAAGAUGGCAGUAGAGAAUAGAAUGACAUGAUAAUAGCAUGAUGAUGGUGAUGAUGCACGCAAAUAAAUUAAAUUCAUUCUGUUCACAACA